AUGAAUCUCUGGAAAAAGGUAUCAAAGAUUUACCUGUGGCAAUUGUAUCCAUUAAUGGUGAUUCGAGAACAGGCUUUUCAUGGAGACCUGGAAUCGAUAGAGAUACGCGGUAUCGUGUUAUGGUCUAAACCAUUGAUCAUUAAACGUAGAGAUGGUACUAAGAUUGUAGUUCUAUUGAUGGACACUCAAGGUUUUUCCAGUGAAUCUAUUGAAGAGGAACAAUUUUUCGCCAUCUCCAACCUGAUUUCUUCCACUCUAAUCUACAAUCAGUCACGAAAUAUUCAGAGUAAAGACAUAAGCAACUUAUGUAAAUUCAGUGAAUGUCUUCCCCAAGAAUCUCGAGUACCUGGUGAUCAGAUUGUUCAAAAGUUAUUGAUUCUCGUGAGGGAUUGGGCUUACGUCUCAGACUAUAACUAUGGUAAUGAAGGUGGUCGAAAAUUUCUCAACUAUAAACGAACCGUUCAAAUGUCGAAACUUGAAUCGUCAUGGAGAUCGUUAGAUCAAUGUUACUCUGAUAUGGACUGUUUUCUUUUGCCUUCACCUGGAGAAAAUGUUGAUGAUAUUCAUUUCGAUGGAAGGAUAAGCAAAAUAAGACCUGAUUUCGUUGGAUAUCUCAAAGAAUUGGUCAUAUCCUUAUUGUCGCCAGAAAAUAUUGUUAUCAAAUCUUGGGAAGGAGAAGAGCAGAAACUUUGGCAAGUUUCUAAUCGAUUCAGUUUACUUGCGAAACAAUUAAAUGAUCACAAUAAGAUUGAUGUUGAAAAACUGUUUAUCUCUCAUGAAGAAACGAGUGCUGAAAAUGCCUUGAAAAAGCUCGAAUUCAGUUCAUCGAUGAUAUUAUGAAAUCUU